AUGCAGUUCGCAUUGCCUCCGCGGAGGAGCCCUAAUUCCCUCCCAGGCGCCCAUUCCUCACGGCUACCGCUGUACCGAAGAAAGCAGCUCAAGACGGUCGCCAUAUUUGCAGUUGCCAUCCUAACGCUGCUUUACCUCGUCUCGCAUCUAUUCUUCUCAAGCUCGACUUCUAUUGGGGCGCCGGCUGGUACGGCGGGUGUGGUGAUCGUGACGUUGCUGGAUCGUCAAAGUCUCAGUCAGAGCUAUAUCGAUAAGAUUAUCGCCAACAGGGAAGACUACGCCAAACGCCACGGCUACACGAACUUCUUCGCAAGCGUCUCCGAUUAUGAGGAAGCUAUAAGUGACGACCCUCGAAGCUGGGCCCUCAUCCCAGCAGUACGCCAUGCGAUGGCAGCGCACCCCAAAUCCAAAUACUUCUUUCAUCUGAGCCCUCACGCGCUCAUCAUGAAUCCUACCACAUCCCUCAAAUCCCACCUACUCGACCGAACACGUCUCGAAUCAGUGAUGCUGAAGGAUGUCCCCAUCGUGCCGCCGGACAGCAUCAUCAAGACCUUUGCGCUGGAAGAAAAAGAUGUCGAUUUCAUUCUUACGCAGGAUAGUGAGGACUUGAGUCCCUCGAGCUUUAUUCUCAAGAAUGGGGACUUUGCGCGCUUCUUCUUGGAUCUUUGGUUUGAUCCGUUGUUCCGGAAUUAUAACUUUGCCAAGGCUGAGAUACAUGGAUUGGACCACAUUAUGCAGUGGCAUCCAACGGUGCUGGCUCGAACGGCUUUAGUACCCCAGCGGAUGCUGAAUGCGUAUAGCAAAGACUCGUCGGGUGCUUCGCUGGAUGGUUCUUACAAGGAUGGUGACUUUGUCAUUCGCUUCCCUGCGUGUGAUGAGGGGAAAGCUCAGGACUGCGAUGAGUUGGAUCCUUAUUACACCAUGUGGUGGAAGAAGGCCAAGGGUUCCUGA